UCUCUACACAGAUCUGCUGUUGGCUGUGCUCUAUGGAGCUUUGUUUCUAGCUGUUCUCUGACAAAGGGCUUGAUCUGUGCAGCACAUCUCGUCCUCUUUGUUCGCCUCUGGCUUCAACCACUGAAUCACCAAGUACUCUCCAGCUGGGAGUCAGACAAGGGCAGAGAUGAAGAACCCAGAAGCCCAACAGGAUGUUUCGGUUUCCCAGGGAAUUCGCAUGAUGUUUUACAUGAUGAAGCCCAAUGAAACGUCAUUCCAAACCCUAGAAGAGGUGCCUGAUUAUGUACAAAAGGCAACCCCAUAUUUCAUUUCCUUGAUGCUGCUUGAACUGGUUGUCAGCUGGAUACGCAAAGGGAAGCCACCAGGUCGUCUGGAUGAUGCCUUAACAUCAAUGUCAGCUGGUAUUCUGUCUCGACUUCCAGGUUUGUUUUCUAGGAGCAUUGAACUUACUAGUUACAUUUAUAUCUGGGAGAACUACAGCAUCAUCAGUUUGCCUUGGGAUUCUCCAUGGACUUGGUAUUUAACUUUCUUGGGAGUUGACUUUGGCUACUACUGGUUCCAUCGUAUGGCUCAUGAGGUUAAUAUUCUGUGGGCUGCACACCAAACACACCACAGUUCUGAAGACUAUAACUUAUCCACAGCACUGAGACAAUCUGUCUUCCAAAUAUAUACUUCCUGGAUAUUCUACUCUCCCUUAGCCCUCUUCAUACCACCCUCGGUAUAUGCUGUUCAUCUUCAGUUCAAUCUCCUCUACCAGUUUUGGAUCCACACAAAGGUCAUCGAUAAUCUUGGUCCUUUGGAACUGAUUCUUAAUACUCCCAGCCAUCAUAGGGUUCAUCAUGGCAGAAACCGUUAUUGCAUAGACAAAAAUUAUGCUGGCACUCUUAUUAUAUGGGAUAGAAUUUUCGGAACAUUUGAGGCAGAAAAUGAAAAAGUUGUAUAUGGCCUAACACAUCCCAUUAAUACAUUUGAACCAUUCAAGGUGCAGUUCCACCAUUUAGUUAACAUAUGGACUACAUUCUGGGCCACACCUGGAUUCUUCAAUAAGUUUUCUGUCAUGUUUAAAGGACCAGGAUGGAGUCCAGGUAAACCAAGACUUGGGCUGAGUGAAGAAAUCCCAGAGGUCAAGGGGAAAGAAGUUCCCUUCUCAUCUUCGGCAUCUCAACUAUUAAGGAUAUAUGCAGUUGUACAGUUUGCUCUGAUGCUAACGUUUUAUGAAGAGACCUUUGCAGAUAAAGCUGCAUUAUCACAGGUCACACUCCUUCUGAGGGUUUGCUUCCUUAUCCUGACCUUGACCUCCAUUGGAUUUCUUCUGGAUCAAAAACCUAAGGCAGCUGUUCUGGAAACUUUCCGAUGCUUGCUGUUCCUAAUGCUGUGUAGAUUUGGUCAUCUCAAACCUUUCAUCCCUUCUUUGUCAUUUACUUUUGAGCCUGACACUUACUUUAUUGGACAUUGGACUCUGUGUCUCAGGUCGUUCACCUGUAAAAUAGGUUUAAUGAAAGCUAAUACGCAUGGAGCUCAUACCAUGUUCGAGAAGACUUACCGCAUCGUUCCAUUUAGUCCUCAUAUCAGACUCAUGGGGUAG